AUGAAAGCCACUAGCCAACAGACAAAGCUUCAACCAACUUCCAGUAAUGUUCAAGCUUUCCAUUCUUCACCACGUCCUUGCAUACCUUCGCCCUCGCCCACAUACUACCACCAUAUGUCUCCAAAAAAGAUGAGUAAUUCUGCUAGCAACAGCAAUGAUCACAAAAGGUCCGAUUUUCUGCCUGGCCUGGAAGAUCUUGGAAAAUUGCUCAAGGCUUGCAGUCCCAAUCAAGGGAAGAAGUCCGAUCGGAGCCGGAAUCCAGAUGGAAAGGACUGGCAAACUUGCAACAUCAAAGAUACAUGCAAGACGGUAGUACAAGCCUCAAACGAGCUUAUUGAGCAAGGAAGCUCCAUAUCUGAAAAAGAGACGCAGCACAACAAGGACCAGGGAAUGAUCAAUCCCACCAGAAAGCCAACUCAACGACAGCCAAAGUACAUAUACACGCAUCAAGACGGCGGCCAAAGACGGACAUGCUCAAGACAGCCGAACAAGCCAAUGAGGGUGCACCUACGAAGGCUGCAGAGAAUAUCUCUACGCUCGGCGAUGCUGAGGGGUUAA